AAUCGAGCUCGACAUUCGUUAUGCAGAACUUGGAAGAAGGACAGAGAAAAAUAUAUUGAUUUAUUCCUUACAAUCCUCUUAUUUUGGUACUGUAGACUAAUGGCUGGAUCAACAUGACAGAGGAUGGCCCAGGAGGCGGAUAACCAGUACGAGGCGUCGGAUGAAUCCUCGGAGAAUGAGCUGUUGGAUCGCAGUCUAUCCGUGUGGAAGGGCUGGAACUGGAAUGUUAAGGACGUGUUUGAUCCGAUUCCGUUGGAUCUUCACACAGCGUCUAGCAUUGGACAGUAUGAUGUUGUCAGGUCGUACAUUGCCAGGAAAGUGGACCUGAACAAGAAGAAUCUCGGAGGCUGGAGCCCCCUGAUGUACGCCUGUUACAUUGGCCACGAUAACAUUGUCAAUCUACUGCUAGAUGCGGGAGUCAUUGUGAAUGUCAAGAACCAUAAAGGACAGACCCCUCUCAUGCUGGCCUCUAGCUGUGGAAAUGAGAGUGUGGGCUACUUUCUAGUACAGCAAGGAGCAGAACUGGAGGCUCGAGAUCACAAAGGCUGGACAGCCCUGUUUCACGCUACGUAUGCUGGACACCAGAACAUGGUCAAGUUUCUCCUGGAACAGGGAGUCAACAUUAAUGCUGUGGAACCAAGUCUUGGAUUAACUCCCUUUAUGGAGGCUGCAGCUGAAGGUCACGAAAUUAUUGUCCAGCUUCUUUUACAACAUGGAGUGAAUGUGUUUACGAAGGCCCACAAUGGUGACACUGCCCGAUCCCUGGCUCUGAUUCACAGCAACAUGAAGAUCGUUAGUCUUAUUGACAACCAUGUCAUGCCUAACACCUGUCUGCGGUCAGAGGCAGGUUUAGAUGCUGGUGAACUAAGUUCCUCUGAUGAAGCUUACUCUAAACCAAAGCAAGGUCAUAGAGGUCAAAAGAGUAAAGGUCGCGGACCAAGCAUUCGAGAUGGACCAGACGCCAUAGCAAGACUGAUCAACAGAUCUCCAACCACAGACAACUACAAACCAGCCAAAAAAGGGCCAAAAGUCCCCAAGGGAUAUAUGACAUUCCCCCGAGGAACUGAGGGAAAUGAGGAGAACUCCAAGCUGUGUUAUAGAGAUGUGACUUCUCCAAUCAAUCUACAAGACUACAAUGCUCUGGACAGUUCUGGGGGAAGAGGAACAGACUCUAACGAUAAUGAGCCGGGAGAGGAUGGGAACGCCUUUUCUAAAACUGGUGCCCUGACCAUCAAGAGCAGCUCCGGAUCUAGUGGGGGACUAAUGGCGGCUUUUGGUCUUAGUCACAGCAGUAAUGACAGUGAUGGUUAUCAACCACAGGACAGCUCCUCCCUAGAUGGCAGCACUGGUGGGCGAGAUUUGUCUGAGAACGAGGGUGCUUUAUCCCCGGCCUCAAGCUACAACAAAGCCAUGGCACAGCUCAGCCUGAAAAACCAGUCAGGCGUGUCUUCAGAGUCAGAACUGGAAAACUUAGCCAGAAAUGAAAAAGACAUUAAAAGCAAUACAAAGGAGCAGGUCUCCCAGAAUAACCCACAGCCUAAACCUAGUGCAAUGAGUCCCACUUCACAGCUGAAAGACCGUGAGAAACAGUCCAAUAAAAGUCGCUCUAACUCUCCCAGUGUCAAGUUCAAUACUCAGGACGUCAUCAUGCAGCCAUCAGUUCCUGUUCAUACCCCUCCCCCACAGCAUCAGAUUGACCAGCACCGCCCCCCACCAAAUCAACCUCCCCACCCCACUACACAAGUCACUACGAAUCCGCCCACGCAGAUACCCCAGCAUCUACAGGGUGCCAAGCCCAAGGUGCUACCUCCAGGAUUUAACAAUCUUGCCGCAAAUUUUAUGCCACAGUUGGGAUGUCAUAUAUUACCUGCUUCUGGUAUCCCAGAACAACAGUUCUUUGCUCAGAAAAAGACUGACCAUGAAGAUCACCCUAGAGACCUACCCUCACUGCUACAUCAACUGGGUCUGUCCAAAUACCUGAAAGUGUUUGAGGAACAAGAUGUGGAUCUGCAAGUGUUCCUGUCACUGACAGAUAAUGACUUGAAGGAGAUUGGAAUAAAAUUAUUUGGUCCAAGAAAAAAAAUGACCAAUGCCAUAGCUCGCUGGCAGAGUAAGGCUCCAAUGCCAACCAAUGACAAGCUGGAACAGGCUUAUGCUGAUCGUCUGGAGGGAGAAAUGCAAGAAAUGGCUCUUCAGCUGCUAAAGGCUACAGAACAGGUUGAAGCUAUGAAAGCUGAAGUUAAACAGGAACAACAACUCCGCCUAGUGACAGAGAGCUGUCUAAACGAUGAGAGAGCCAUGCGACACCAUAUAACGGGAGUCAUGCGAGAAAUGAGGAUGAAAUGUGACGAGAUGAAGGAAUCCUUACGCAAUCUUACUCAUAAUCAUUCAGAAAUUCGCCUGAAGCUACAGAAUUCAGGAGACUCCAAUUCCUUGAAAGACAUGUCUCAUCACAAUAGAUGUAUAACGCUGACAAGCGAUAGGCUGUACAACUUAGAGGGAGUGAUGAAGAAGACAGAACAACAGAUUAAGGACCUUCAGAAAUAUCUCUCUGUUGUCAUGAUAAACAUCGACAGAAUUGUUGGAAGGAGUCACAAUGAAAAUGGCUUCUCGUGAACAUUAACCAGUAUGAGCUCUGGUGAAUUUCACAACCAUCGUUCUUGGUUAAACAAUAUCAUUAUUCAGAGCUAAUCCAUAACAUAUUUUUAUGAAAGAAUCUCGUUUGUGUGUGUACUGAAUAGAAAGAGAUUUCUAGAUGUAUUUAAACUCCACAAUUUACAAAGACAAGUGAUGUUUUCGUUGCGUAUACCUGUAGAUCAGGAGAGAAGAAAGAUAACUCUACCAUCUGUGAUGAUUGAACAUUUGUAAUCUGUUACAUAUAAGAAAGAUAACUCUACCAUCUGUUACAUGUACGCUUUUUUUCUCACAAUUUAUCAUAUGUUAUAUUUUUACAAUUUACUGUGAAUCCUUUUUAAAUAUUGAUAUGAAUAUAAUUAUACAUGUAUGAAUAUCUUAAAAUCAUUAUGCAUUUACAUAAGUGUUAAUAAUCUGAAUAUUUUAAAGUCUUUUGUGAUUUUUCCCCCUCUAUAAUAUGUCUGUCUAUCAGUCUAUAUCCCUUUUUUGAGCAAAUGAUGACAAUCACUUAUACACAGUGAGCUAAUAGGUUUUAUAUGAGGCUUGCAUGUUUUGUCUUUUUUAUUUCAUAGUUUGAACUGCCAAAAAUAUAUAGCUUUAUAAACAUGCAAGGAAUCUUUAAUUGAGUUCUCAAAUCAGUGUAUAUUUAUGUUAUGGUGUUUCGUUAAUGAAAAGUUGCAUGUACAUCGAUUAUGUGUGUGAAAUAGUGCUGGAACUUUGCAUAUAUCUGAGAAAAGCAGUUAUAUUUAGAUGAAGGUACUUAAUUUUUUUUUUUAAUUUAUACAUUUUUUUUGUCUGCAUUUUUAAGAAGUGUUUUGUUUUUAUAUGCCAAUUUACAUUUAAUUUACUGUAGUUCUCUGUUGCAAAUGUUGGUUGUGAUUUUAUUUUGGAAGUUUUCAUCCAUUUUGAAGCAAUAAAUAGCAGUUGUUUUAAAGAAGGGAGUGAAUAUGAUGGAAAAGUAUGAUUUGACAUAAAUAUGAAACAAAUCAAUAUUUUUUUUAUUUUUUUUUUUUUUUUCAAAUUGAAAAUAAAAAUGGCAGAUAGCAAUGUUAAGAAAUCCAACAUUUUUGUACAUGAUCACAGAUUAAAUAUCCUUAUAAGUGUAUAUUUGGCUAUGUAGAAAUCCAGAUUACCUUUCUUACUAUAUAAUCCAUCGUCGGAAACCCACGCUUCGUUCCUUUCUCCAUCACCCGUGGGUCCAUUCAUUCCUACUCGCUCGUUUUCAUGAAUAAUUAAUGAGGCAAUUUGAUUGGGCGCUUAUCGUAUACACUGAGCGAAUUUGUCCAAUCAAAAAGACGCUUUCAGCCCAGUUUCGGUAUACAAUUCUCAUGAUAGCAAAGUUAAGUUGAUGCUACCUUUAAAAACAGAAGAGUUCCGUUACUAUAACGAUUACUUUGAUUGGAUGAUAUUUUUAAAUAUUUAUUCAUGAGAACGAGCGAGUGGGAAUGAAUGGACCCACAGGUGAUGGAGAGAGGAACGAAGCGUAAUCAACCGUGGGUUUCCGACGAUGUAUGUAAUCUAAUUUUUGUAAAAAUAGAAAUAUUGAUAUCAUUGAAUGAGAUAUUAGUUAAUUAUUGUUGGCAGUAUUGUUGUAUUUUUCCAACAAGACAUAUAAAAACAACCUGUGGUAUUACCCUUUAUUGAAUUAAGAGAAGUGUCUUUAAUAAAUAUAUUAAAGAAUAGACAGCAGAAGAGGUCUUGAUGUGGGAUAUUAUUUAAAAACAUUUUUUCCCCUCUGUUUGUGAGAUUUUACUGGCAGUGAAUACAUGUACAAAUUUCAUCUCAGCAAUCACUGGUACUAACGACUGUCAUUAUUUGAGGUUCUUCAUUACACAUUUGAUUCAAUGAAAAUCGUUGGGGGAGGGGGGAUGCAAGUGAACAUGUCAAGGCAAUGAUACAUAGUAAUACACCUCAUUUUCUCAUUACAUGUACUGCUAGAGCAGUGAACAUUUUCUUAACUACACAUGCUACUAACAAAACUAUUUCAAAACUGAUGAAAAUGAAAACUAAAUUUUUUGUUUUUAUAAGUUAAAUGAAAACAAUUUACCAUAUGUAAUGUAAUUUAUUCCCAUGAUUUGUCAACCAAGUAAAAAACAGUGGGAAACAUUUGUGCAGAAUUAUAUAGGGAGGGCUAAUAUAUUUCACUUUUUGAACAUCACAGAAAAUUUACAAGUCCUUUAUUUAUUAGGAAUUCUAUAUUUGUACUUUAUACAACCAAAUGAAGACAAAAAAUAUGUGUCAACCAAUGCAUCCAUUUUUGUUUGUAUCAGGUGUCCUUUAUUCACGUUAUCGGGAGCGGUGGUCAGUAAACAAAGUAUUUUAGUGUUGAUGAACAGCAUGUUGACAUCAGGUACUUGCUUACACACACAACCGGACCCCCAACCCCCCUCCAGUCCAUAUGGUACCAGGUACAAUAUGUGUUUAAUGGGAGUCCUCUAGAUAAUGAGUCCUACAUUUUACAAUUCAAUAACACACAGAGUACAGAGUAAAACUGCUAGGUAUAUACACAUGUUUAGGAGAAUUGAAAACAUUACAAUGUACAGUAAUACAUGCUUAUAAUGAACAUGUUUAUAAUGAAUUCAUGCUUACAAUGAACAUGUUUAUAACGAAUUCAUGCUUAUUGUAAAUUGAUAUUUAUUCCCAUAUGAAAGGAAAAUAAUGAAAAUUUUAUUGGAUAUAAUGAAGUUUGAUUAUAUCUGGCCCUGGGGGUUUGCCAUAACCAUGUUUUACUGUAUUUAAUAUUUCAUAACAUUGUUAUAGAAGGAGAAGGUAUUAGUGCCAAAUGAAUUGCCAUGACAAUACCCUGUAGUGAACUUUUAAGUGAACUGAAAGAUCAACACACAAAACUAAAUAAAAUGUGAAUCUUUUUAAUGCAUAAUUUGAUAUUUUUAUGUUCACCAACACACUUGUAGAUUUCCAAUUUUGUAAGCACCCUGGGGUGCAGAUAGGUUAUUGUGGGUGUAUUCAAUUUACACAUUACAAGUAUGCUGCAUUAGUAGUAUCCAAAAUGUUUUUUAGAUGUUUGUUUUGCAGUCUUAUAAAAGAGUUUUUGGGUUUUUUUUAAGACCAAUGACAAAGAGUUAUCAUUUGUUGAGAAGUAAUGUGAUUUUUUGUGUAAAAAUGGCAGUACUAGGUCUAUGAAUUUCUUUCAAUAGAUUUUUUUUAGUUUCCUGGGGCAGAAAUUUUCACAUUUGAUGAGUCUGGGGUGUUUGUUGUUUUUGUGUUUUUUAAAAGUUGUUUAGAUGUUGCAUGGAAUACAAACAUUUUAUAUGUAAUUACCAACUAAUCAUGAUUUUUGGUACAUUUAUUUUGAAUUACUCAAUAUAAAGUGUAAACAAUUUUUGUUAUUAAGACAUAUUUAUAAAAGAUUAUGCAUGAAAAUGCCCCAAACUUUUCAUAUCAUAAAACACUUCUGGAUGAAAUGGUGGAGGAGAAAAUUGAGUUAUUCCCCUUUUCAUUGUGUAGGUAAAAUUGAUCAAUGCGGUAAUGGUGGGGUGCCUGAGAAACUAAAGUGUGCCUUUUUGCUUAAAUUGCUCUGUUUGGAAUAGCUGUUCUGUGAUUGAUCUCCUCCCAAUCAUAUCUAUGAGUGAAUCAUGAUUGCGGAUGAUAGAAAAAAUUCAUAUAUGAUGUGCAAACUUUUAAUUUAUAAUUAUAUACAAGUUCAUACGACUGUGAUUUAGGGAGGCAAUAUUCUAUUUUUAUCAACUGCACAGCAAGAUGACUGUGUCUGCAUAUCUAGGUAUUUUUUCGAAUACUCUCAUUGAAAUAGAUCAAGUUUACCAAAAUGAGAAAUGUGUAACGCUAAAUAUUGUAUCAAUUUGAAGUAGAAAAAAAAGGGGUCAAAUUAAUUACACAGGGACUUAUAUAUAUAUAUAUUUAUAUAAUUAUAUAUAUGUAAAGUAAAAAAAUAAAAUCCAAUACUCAAACUUUUAUCUAUAGCGCUUUCGCCCUGUGGGCUCGUCAGUAGAUUUUUAAACAAAAAGAAUAUAUAUAUAUAUAUAUAUUUAUAUAAUUUAGAAAAACACUGCCCACCAUAAAUAAGUAUACCUUCACUAAAAUAAGUUAAUUGUGCAUUAAAAAAAAAUGGGUUAAAUCAUAGAUACAGAUCUUUGGAUGCAAAGUACUUAACUCCUACAUAUAAAUAGAUGAUGUUAGACUUUAAACUUUUUGUAUCCUUUAUAUCCUUAUCUAUUAAAAUCUUGAUUUUCUGAACUUAUGAAUUCUCUAAAAGGAGAUAUUAUGCGAACCUUAAUUUGAAACCUUUUCAAAGUAAUUACUAAGACAUAUUAUUGUGUGUUUGACAUGUAUUUUUAUGAGACCCUUUGAUUUUUCACCUUAGAUAAAUCAAUAUCACAAUUUAACAGACUAUGCCAAAAAUAUUGAAUGUCCAUUGUUGUUUCACAUAUAUUGAAAUUGUACCCAUAACUGAUUAUUUUACUGAGAUGAAUUGAAAGUUAUACACAGUCAAUUCAGCUCUUUUCAUUAUAUUGAAUAGAUUUCAUGCCAAAAUGUGUAAAACAUUUAUGUGUGUACUUGUUUAUGGUGGGUAGUGUAAGUAUAGAAAAAUCUACACAAGUAAUAGUAUUAUAAAAACAUCACAAAGUCGAUUGAGUAGACUUGACUGGUUUCUGUUCUUCCUCAGGUGUAUCUCCUAAACAGGUAAGAAACGGUUGCGUUUACUCGAUUGGCUUUGUAAUAUUGCUAUUAUAAUAUAUUCAUAAUGUGUGUGUGGGGGUCCCUUGAUAAGGUAAUGGCCAGUUGGCAUGCACCAUCCUAUGACAUUUGUCUCAUACUUUUUUUUAAAAAAAUAUAUGAAGUUACAAGUAAAAUAACUAGUAAUGUGUUAGUGAGUGUUUAUGCUGCAUACUUUACAUGUAUGACUGUUUUCUUAAAUUUGGCUCAAACGAUUAUCAUGUAUUUUAAUUAGAAUAUAUUUUGAUUAUGUUAUAAUGUGUGAAAUGUAUGUCCCAUACCCAUUGUGAUGGUAGUUUAUUACUGUUUAUAGGACAAACAUAAUGAGUAUGAUAAAAAGUAAAAUGAAAGUAAUA